AUGGCACGGGAACAAUCUGGUACGCGCGGUACCUUUGCGCCGCCCCCCAAGCCGGAACUCAUCACGAGUCUCGGAUCUCUACGCUCCUUUCUCGCUACGGUCUGCUCCUCUGCCCGCCUCUACAUUGAGCUUCAUGGCCACCGCCUCAGCCGCCUGGGCGACCUGACGCUCAUGACAGUUCGCGCGUAUCCGCACCCCGAAAUCUACGUCAUCGACAUCCAGUCGCUCGGCCACGAAGCGUUCACGGCACGCUCCGUCUUUGGCCUCACGCUGCAGUCGGUCCUCGAGAACCCGGGCCUCCGCAAGGUCUUUUGGGACGUCCGCGACGCCGCCGACGCUCUCUGGGGCCAUCACGGCGUACGCAUCCAGGGCGUGGUGGACCUGCAGCUGCUCGAGAACGCAAGUCGCCGGAGCCGGCCGCCCUGUGAGGGCCCGGAGCGCCACAGUCGCAGCGGCAACGGCAGAGGCACUGGCAGAGGCCGUGGCGGCGUGCGUGGUCGCUCGCAAACCUAUGUCCAGGACCUCGACACGGCCAUCCGUCGGGAUCUGUCCGUGUCGGCCGCAGAAGGCGAGCACAUUGCUCGGCUGCGGCGCGUCAUGGCGAGCCGCCUGUCGUUGACGGCGUUUCGCCUGCGGCCGCUCGACGACGACACAGCCGCGUUCUGCGCCAACGGCAUUCGAUACCUGCCCCAGCUGCACACCGUCUACAUGGAGCGCAUCACGGGCGAGUGGCUGCGCAAGGUCAAGAUGGAGACGUUCCGACGCCUCGAGGCCGCGUUUGGGCCGCCGUACGACCCGCAGUCGCCGACCAAGGCUCUCGGCCCGUGGGCAGACACGAAGAAACCUGGUCCGCUGUUCCGCUGA